AUGCCGCGCUGGCACCGCGCGCCCCUGCCCGCCCGCAUCCGGCUCAGGGCUGCCUUGGUUCCUGCAGGGAGGGACAGAGAGGAGCUGGUGGUCCCCACGUCAGGGGGGAGGUACGAUGUGCACCUGGGGCGCAGGCAGCGCGUGGCCGUGUACUGGGAGGAGGAGGUCUCCGAAGUGCGGCGCUGCACCUGGUUCUACAAGGGAGACAAGGACAACAAGUACAUUCCUUACUCGGAGACCUUCAGCGAAGAGCUGGAGGAGGCCUACAUGGUUGCUGUGACCCUGGACGAGUGGAAGAAGAAACUGGAGUCCCCGAGCCGGGAGAUCAUUAUUUUGCACAACCCCAAGCUGAUGGUGCACUACCAUCCCGUUGCCUCCUCCGAUGACUGGGGCUCGACCCCUACGGAACAAGGUCGGCCUCGGACUGUGAAGAGAGGAGUGGAGAACAUCGCUGCCGAGAUCCCCAACGGGGAGCCCCUGCAAAUCGACCACCUGGUUUUCGUGGUGCACGGCAUCGGCCCCGCCUGUGACAUCCGCUUCAGGAGCAUCGUGCAGUGCGUGAACGACUUCAGGAACGUUUCCCUCAGCAUGCUGCAGGCACACUUCAAGAAGGCCCAGGAGCAGCAGCAGAUCGGGCGCGUGGAGUUCCUCCCUGUCAACUGGCACAGCUCCCUCCACUCCACCGGGGUGGACGUCGACCUGGAGCGAAUCACUCUGCCCAGCAUCAAUCGCCUGCGUCACUUCAUCAACGACACCAUCCUGGACGUUUUCUUCUACAACAGCUCCACCUAUUGCCAGACCAUCGUGGACACCGUGGCCUCCGAAAUGAACCGCCUCUACCAGCUCUUCCUCCAGAGGAACCCCCUCUUCAAAGGAGGGGUCUCCAUUGCCGGGCACAGCUUGGGGUCGCUGAUUUUGUUCGAUCUCCUGACAAACCAGAAGGCUGCUCCCGAGGAGGACGAGCACAGCCAGGAGGGGUCCAGGACAACCUCAAGCAACAGGGGCAUCGAGGCCGUAAAAGAAAUUCUGAAGAAGCUGGAGUUGUCCGAAUAUUGUGAUGUUUUCGAGAAGGAGAAAAUGGACAGGCAAGCGCUGUUCUUGUGCACGGAGAAGAACCUCAAAGAAAUGGGGAUUCCCUUAGGACCAAGAAUGAAGAUCCUUCAUUACAUCAGCUCCAAGGCGGAGAUGCAGGACCAGAGCACAGCAGGCCCCGGGCACGGCGGGGAGCGCGGAGCGGAGCCUGGGUCCCCAUCACAGCAGGACGAUGGGAAUUGCCAAUACCGGGACGUGGGCUUAGGACAGGUCUCGGCAAACUACCCGCAGCUGGACUACAAACCCACCAUCUUCUUCGCCUUCGGGUCUCCCAUCGGGAUGUUCCUCACGGUGCGAGGAGUGAAGCGCAUCAACCCCAACUACAGCCUGCCCACCUGCAAGGGCUUCUUCAACAUCUUCCACCCGUUCGACCCGGUGGCCUACAGGAUCGAGCCCAUGAUCGUCCCCGACCUGGAGUUCGAGCCCAUGCUGCUGCCCCACCACAAGGGCAGGAAGAGGAUGCACCUCGAGCUGAAGGAAGGGCUGACACGUAUGAGCGUGGACCUGAAGAACAACCUGCUGGGCUCCCUGCGGGUGGCCUGGCAGUCCUUCACCCGGGCCCCAAUGCCCGCCCUGGAGGGGGCAAGUACCGAGGCCGAAGGGGAGGCAGAGGCCAGCGUGGAGAAGCAGCCAGAGACCAAGGCAGAAGAGCCCCCCCCAGCCGUGAAGGAAGAGCCCUCCCUCAUCAACGUGGGGAGGCUCAACGGCGGGAAUCGCAUCGACUACGUGCUGCAGGAGAAGCCAAUAGAGAGCUUCAACGAGUAUUUAUUUGCACUACAAGGGCACCUCUGCUAUUGGGAGUCAGAAGACACCGUUCUGCUGGUUCUGAAGGAGAUCUACCAGACACAAGGCAUUACACUGGAUCAACCUUUGCCAGGAAGCCAGUGACCACCCUGUGCUCUCCUUGACAUCCAAUUCAACCGAGCACUCACCAGGAAAGUCCAAAUCUCUUCUCUGCCUUCCUCUCUCCUCUGCUGCCGUGUCCCCUGCAUGCCGCUUCCCAAGAACUCGCUGCUGCCUGGAGAUCAGGACGAUUUUCCUCUGUUUUGGGUAGGGAUAAGGCGGGGGGAGAUAUGGAGGGAAAACACCUCUGCUCAAACACACACAGCACUCGCACCGUGACUCCCCGUGGCAACGUGAACUUUACACCCUCCACCUUGUGAGCGAUCGCACCGGCUCCUCAGGCACUGAGGCAGAACAGCCAUCUGGGCUAGGAACUCAGCUGUCUGGGCUAGGAACAGAGCUGUGUGGGCUAGGAACUCAGCUGUGUGGGCUA